AUGUCGACCAAGAAACCCUUCCACGUAGCCAUCGUUGGCGGCGGUCUCGGCGGCAUAGCCCUCGCAAUAGCUCUCAAACAUCGCAACAUUUCCUUCACCAUCUACGAAGCGAAGCAAUCCUUCACCGAGAUCGGCGCGGGAAUCAACCUUGGACCUACGGCCUCGCAGUCUCUUCGUCUUAUCGAACCGUCUCUGGGCGAGAAAUAUAUGAAACUCGCUACACCGAACCCGCCCCCAAACGAAGAGACAUGGAUGCUCUUUCGCUAUGGCGCACCGUCGGGAGAUCACAAAGACGGCGACUUGAUGUUCCAGCUCAAAGCUCCUGGCACGGGCAACCUCACCUUUCACCGACAAGAACUUCUGCAAUUGAUGGCUACAGAGAUGGGGACUGAGCAUGCCAAGUUCAACAAGAAGUUUUCGUCGUAUGAGCAAAAUGAGGACGGGGUGACGAUAAGGUUUGCGGGUGGGAGUGAGGAGACUGCGAGUCUGCUCAUAGGUUGCGAUGGCAUUCAUUCGAGGGUGAGGACCGCGAUGUUUGGCGAGAACAACGCCGUCAGCAGUCCGCACUUCAGCCAUGCAGGCCUGUACAGAAAAGUGGUCCCGAUGGAGCAAGCCAUCGAGGCGAUUGGAGAAUCCGCGCGUGUGAGCCAGAUCGUCCAUGGUCCUGGAGGUUAUCUCAUCACGUAUCCAGUGAGCGGCGGGAAGAUGAUGAAUUGUGGAGCGUGGCAGUUGGUCCCAGAGCAAUGGCCAAUCGAUGAGUGGCUCCUACCUGGUCAAAAGUCUAGAUUCGAAGAGGGCUUCAAAGAUUGGGGAGAGCGGUCCAAGAAGAUUCUGGCAUUGUUUGAUGCGGAUCCGGCUCUUUGGGGCUCGUUUCAACAUAUUCAACAGCCAAAGUCGUUCUACGAUGGUCGAGUCCUGCUGAUUGGAGAUGGUGCUCAUGGAAUGCCACCGCAUCAAGGAUCGGGCGCCGGUCAAGCGGUAGAGGAUGCGUAUGUGCUGUCCGAAGUGCUGUCCGUGAUGCAGGAGAGAGGGCCUUCUUCAGAAGUUGUCAAGGCUGGUAUGCAGGCAUUUGAAGCUGUGAGGAAGCCACGGUCUGCUGAAGUUCAUCGUCUGAGCUCUAUUACUGGACCUCGCUUCUGCGAGGUCUACGACCAAAAGCUUGAAGGCCAGGAACUGGACGAUUGGAUCUGUUUGACCAAGAAAAGGCUGCGAUCGAUCUGGAGUGUCGACAUGGCUGGAGAGGCUGAGAAGGCAAGGGAAGAGCUGUCUCGUGCCUUGGGCUGA